CUGUACGUUGUAAUGAAACGGAAUUAAAUAACAAUAUUCCUAAAUAUGCUAAAUUAGUUAGUGCACGUAAUCGUAUCACAGAACAAGUAUUUGGUUCACAUCAGGUUAAUCAAUUUUAUUCAUACGGAAACGUCAUUUCUAUCAGAUGUAAUCCAGGAUAUUUAUAUAAUGAUCGUACUACAGAAAAAUUAGUAUCCUGUGAAUUAGUACCUGGUUCAGAUACAGUUGGAGAAUAUCGUGGAUAUUCUGGUACACUACUGCCAUUACCAACAGAAUGUCAAGGUGAGCUUUAUAAAUUCUUGUGUUAUAUCAAAGCGGUUUGA